CCAAUAAAAGCCAAACCAGGAAACGUCUAAAUCGCUCACUCUUUACAACCGCAUCACUCUUCCUUUCUUCUUGCAUCUUUUCUUGGAUGUUUUUGAUUCAUUCUCAAUAGCUGUAAAGAUGGUCAUGAACAAUUUCCUUCGAUCUGCUCUCAAAACCCAGUUCAGUUCAUACACCAAGUGUCUUACUGCUUCUGGAAGUUCACCGAAACAUUUAAUUCAGGCUCCUUUCUCUAAAUUUUACAGUACAGAGACAUCUUUGCAAAAGGAAGAUUCAACCACUGAUUCCCAUGGUGGAGGUUUUAAGGGGCAUGAUAUGCUGGCACCUUUCACUGCUGGGUGGCAAAGUACUGACCUGCACCCUUUAGUCAUAGAGAAGUCUGAAGGUAGCUAUGUUUAUGACAUUAAUGGGAAGAAGUAUCUCGAUUCUCUUGCUGGUCUUUGGUGCACUGCCUUGGGAGGAAAUGAGCCAAGGCUUGUGGCUGCUGCAACGACACAAUUGAAUAAAUUGCCAUUUUAUCACUCCUUUUGGAAUCGUACUACAAAACCAUCUUUGGAUCUUGCAAAGGAACUUCUAGAAACUUUUACAACAACAAAAAUGGCAAAAGCCUUCUUUACAAAUAGUGGAUCAGAAGCAAAUGACACUCAGGUGAAGUUAGUUUGGUACUACAACAAUGCUCUUGGAAGGCCAGAUAAGAAAAAGUUUAUAGCUCGUGAAAAAUCGUACCAUGGUUCAACUUUGAUAUCUGCCAGUCUUUCUGGCCUUCCAGCAUUGCAUCAAAAAUUUGAUCUCCCAGCUCCAUUUGUAUUGCACACUGAUUGCCCUCAUUACUGGCGCUAUCAUCUUCCAGGUGAGACCGAGGAGGAAUUCUCAACCAGAUUAGCCAACAAUUUGGAGAGUCUUAUUCUAAAAGAAGGACCUGAGACAAUUGCUGCAUUUAUUGCUGAGCCUGUCAUGGGGGCAGGAGGAGUGAUACCUCCCCCAGCAACUUAUUUUGAAAAGGUGCAAGCAGUUGUAAAAAAAUAUGAUAUUCUAUUUAUUGCGGAUGAGGUAAUAUGUGCAUUUGGAAGGCUUGGAACAAUGUUUGGGUGUGAUAAGUACAAUAUUAAACCAGACCUUGUGUCUGUAGCAAAGGCACUUUCUUCUGCAUAUAUGCCAAUUGGAGCUGUUAUGGUGAGCCCAGAAGUUUCAGAUGUUAUACACUCUCAGAGCAACAAACUUGGUAGUUUUUCUCAUGGAUUCACUUAUUCUGGCCACCCUGUAUCAUGUGCUGUUGCUGUUGAAGCACUCAAGAUAUACAGGGAGAGAAACAUUCCAGAGCACGUAAAACAAAUUGCCCCCAAGUUUCAAGGUGGCUUAAAAGCCUUUUCUGCCAGUCCUAUCAUAGGGGAGAUACGGGGAACCGGCUUGAUUCUUGGCACAGAGUUUUCUGACAAUAAGUCACCUAAUGAUCCAUUUCCACCUGAAUGGGGGGUAGGCGCAUAUUUUGGAGCGCAAUGUGAGAAGCAUGGGAUGCUAGUGCGUAUUGCAGGAGAUAACAUAAUGAUGUCUCCGCCACUUAUAAUCACAGCUGAAGAGGUUGAUGAGUUAAUCAGCAUAUAUGGGAAGGCACUGAAAGCUACAGAAGAGAGGGUAAACGAGCUGAAGUCUAAGCAGAAGAAACAGUAAACAUCUAAUCUGUAAUUGAAAAUGGCCGGCAUUCUGUGUGCUUGAUGUAAAUCAAAAGCAGAAGAAACAGUAAACAUCUAAUCUGUAAUUGAAAAUGGCCGGCGUUCUGUGUGCUUGAUGUAAAUCAAACUGUGGGAAAUUAUGAUGCAUUUGAUGCCUAAAUAAAGCUUUUACAAAGAUGUUUCUCCA